AUUGAUGUCAGGUCAUUGUCGAGACAGGACAUUCAAAUUCUUGUUGGUUAUGGAUGCCCUAGUGCUGACAAGAAGGUGGUUAUGGCUGCCAAACCAUUGAGAAAGCAUGUGCACCUUGAUGAAGGAGAUGUGUGUAGUUCCUGCAAUCUGAGGAGCUCGUGUGAAAAAGCCUAUCUUUUGACUAACAAAGAGGACGAGGCACGGACGAUUGAUGUAAUGCGAGUUUUGGCUACAUUUGGUCUUGAUCAUGCCCAUGGCUUAGUGGCAAAUAAACCUCUUCUGAAGCAAAAAUCUGUGAAAAUUGUAGUGCGCAAGUUGCUUCAUCAGGUUGUCAAGUUGAGUGCAGUUCCUAUUGAUCCAAACCUUCCCCCUCCAGUUAUCAAAAGACCUCCACCUAAGGUCAAACAACCUCCACCAACUCCAAAGAGACGAGUUGGACGGGAUGAUGUAGAAAUGAAGAAAGGAGACUGGUUAUGUUCUAAGUGUGACUUCAUGAAUUUUGCAAAGAAUACAGUGUGCCUACAGUGUGAUGCAAAGCGUCCAAAGAGACAGCUGCUUCCAGGAGAAUGGGAAUGCCCGGAGCGUAACUUCUUAAACUACCGGAGAAAUACGGCCUGCUUCCAUUGCGAUUGCAAGCGCCCGCCUGACCAGUUCAUGGAAGACAAAUUGCAGGAAAGACAUCAGAAUUCAAGGACAAGGCUGGAGAGGACUGCCACCCGCCCAGAAGUCUCUACUGCAUGGAACUUUGAUUUUGAUGAUGAUGAAUCUGAUGGAGCAGAUGUUGCUGCUUUUGAGUAUGCAGACUCAUCAAUGAAGGGCAAAGAUUCCUCUUUACAUUGCCCGGAGCAGGGGAGGAAUCAUCAAGGAUUUGAAGAAGAUUUUCGUCGUGAUAAUAAAUUCCCAAGAGUUGUUAACAGAGAAUACUCUGAUUCCGAUCAUGGUUCUCGUACUGGUUUUGACGAUUUUGAUGAUGAGGAAGAUGACGUGGACAGUUUCGAGGUAGAUGGACGGAAUAAUCCACCGGUUAGGAAUGGGUCAUCAAUAAACUUUUCCGAGUUUGAAGGGGACUCUGGGUCUGAAGAUGGAGACGUAGACAAUAAAUCACUUGCCCGACAAAAACCAAGGUCACCCUCUCCCAAUAGGCAAUUGAAACCCUUACAUGGCGGGCCCUCUGUUCCUGGUUCAUAUGAUGAACACGUUGAUUUUGAUUCUGAGGAUGAGAGUUCAGUCCGUCCUAACUGGAGAUCUAGUCACGUUGCCGAUUCUAGAAAUAGAGGCAGGAGCAGAAGUCCUCCAGGUAAAGUGUUGACGAAACACCUUGCCAUUGGAGUUAGGUCCGAGCAGCGCGUGAAUAAACCAACCUCAAAAGGUGGGGUCGAGAAACAACUGAUGCUGCUCCUAAACUCUCGAGCUCGGCUGGUCUUUUACGUACAUGUCCGCACGAGAAUGUGGUCGAUCCUACGCAACAAAACCGCCACCGCCACGACGAUGACAUGCUUCUUCCUCGCCCACUCGCUCCCUCCCCCACUCUUCUCCGCCCUUUUUAAACCCUCCCCUCCUCUCUCCGCCGGAUUUCCUGGUGCUGGUUGGGGCCCCGCGAUUCGUUCCUUCUGCUCCAGGUCGGACCGCGAGCGCCGAGCGAUGGCGGACCGGUUGGAGGGCUUCUGCGAUCCGAGCUCCAUAUCGUACCUCACGCAGAGAGAGGCCGCCGAGAUCGACGAGAACCUCAUGGGCCCCCUCGGCUUCAGCGUCGAUCAGCUCAUGGAGUUGGCUGGCCUGAGCGUGGCGACUUCAAUCGCUGAGGUAAGGCCUUCCUCGCCUUUUUCUCAAUUCUGUUCUGUCACUGCUGUUUGA